AUGGCCUCCAAACGCGCCGCCCAGCUGUUCGGCGCCCGCUCUAAUGCCUCCGUCAUCGGCCAACGGACUACGCGGUUGAGCUUCACCACUGCACGCGCUUUUAGCAUUGCGCCUAAUUCGCCAACCGCAAAUGCUUUGAAGAGCAGAUCCGUAGUCGUAGAAAGCGCAGGGAGACUACAGGCUAUCCAGGCGCAGAAGAGGUGGCACUCACAAGCGCCAAAUGACUUGAAGCAGAACAAACUUUACCAGUUCGACGACGUCCUACACAUCCUCGAAGCCCCAUCAGACUCACGCCUUCUUAUCGAUGUCCGCGAACCCCAUGAAUUCGAGAAAGAUACUAUCCCAACCUCUAUAAACAUCCCCGUCACAUCACAGCCCGAUGCGCUGCUACUAGAUGAAGAAGAAUUCCAGGAUAGGUUUGGUUUUCAAAAACCACCGAAAGGGAAGGAGGUUGUCUUCUUUUGCAAAGCCGGAGUGAGGAGCUCGGCAGCUGCAGGGAUUGCAAGGCAGGCUGGAUAUAUAAACAUCGGCGAGUACCGCGGAUCCUGGCUCGACUGGCAGAAGCGCGGCGGACCGGGCACAAAGUCCCCACCAAAGCCUGAUGGCAUGGGUGAACCUAAGGCCCCUACAACCGAAACAAAGCCUACAGCUAGGACGGGCGACAGUGGGGAAGAGGACCUUGGGCCUCAGGGACAGCCACCAUAUCCACCAGGGCCCAUGGGCCGGCAGUAG